UCAGAUUUAACCAUGUAUCCUCAUUUGGGGCCUCAGGCGAGUCAUCCAAAGAGGCGAAAAAAGAGGCCGAUUCAUGGGAUGAAAACAGUGGAUGUCACAAGGGGAAAAUCAGGGUAUGGGUUCACCAUAUCUGGACAGCAUCCAUGUGUUUUAAGUGUGAUUGUUCCGGGAAGUCCAGCAGAUGUGGCCGGACUAAAGACGGGAGAUUACGUGGUGUCUGUAAAUAAUCAGAAUGUCACCAAGUUCCCACACGACGACGUGGUAAGAAUGGUGGGAAUAUCCACGGGAACACUCACCCUUCAAGUGGCAGAAAAUUACAACAGUUCCGAUUCCUCGGAUGAUGAGUAUCACCACAGAAACAAAGCCAGAUAUCCAAACAGGGUUCGCCCACGUCACGCCUCUAGUCGCCACAGUGAAAAAAUUCUUGGAGAGUGUAACCAAAAAGACAAGCAUGCUCACAAUGACUACAAACACAAGGAUCCUCAUUGGUCAAAAAGUGAUUUGAAAGUUAUUCAGGGCCAAUCAAGAGUAAGAUUGCAUGAGCCAGUUGGUGCUGAAAAUGUUUAUUCCAGUUCAUCCAGUUCUAGUCUGAGUACACCAAAAAUUUCACGACCUUUAUCGGUUGAGAAACAUGGAUACAAAACACAUGAUCCUCUUUCUCUACAGCUUCCCAGAACUAAGCAAGCAGUUGUCAAGAGUACUUCACAGAGUGCCAAGUCUUCUCAAAAGGCCAGCAGCCAGCAUGACAGACACAUGAAAUCACAGUCAAGUGGGACAUUACAUGGGUCCUUUAUAGCACCUGGAAUCUCAUCCUUCCUGAAAACAUCAGCUCAUCAAGCUAACUCGGCAAAUAAUGCCUUCAUCGCCAUGGAUGAUGAUGAAGAGGAUGGUGAUGAUGAAGAUAGUCUGUUGAAUUGUAGCUUCCACGACAUGCGGGUGAUUGUUGGUUACAUCGGUUCUAUUGAAAUGCCCAGUGAUGCCAAUAAACCUCACAUCAGGCUACAGUCCAUCCGCAAUGCUGUGAGGAGAUUAAGAGUGGAACAGAAGAUCCAUACAUUGGUUUUGAUGGAAAUCUCACAGGAAGGAGUCAAGUUGACCAAUGGUAUGGGAACCACUGUGGCUCAUUAUCCAGUAGAGAGGUUGGCCUUCAGCGGAGUGUGCCCUGAUGACAAAAGGUUCUUUGGGAUCGUGACUUUACACAGUGUUAGUGGAGAUGAGAUGAGUGAUGGAACUGCUAGUCAGGAGGAAGAGUCUGCCUCUAGUGGGUCAUGCCAUGUAUUCAUGGUAGACCCUGAAAUGAGAUUCCAUAACAUCCAUGCUCAAAAAGCCAAAACUUUUGGAAUAACCUGUACCACAGCCCCAGAUCGACAUCACCAGGAGAGAAGCCAUUGUACAGAGUUUCCUAGAUCAGCCACUCCUAUCAUUGUCUCCAUUACCAAUCUGUACAAAGAUCGUCCUGCUGGCAUCAACGACAAUGAAGUAGCCUUAUCACAGGCCUUUGCUGAUCCUUCCAGAGAACCUAGAAGAAGUGUCAGCAAUAGCAGCAAUAGUGACAGCGGACUUGGUCUUGGUAGACAUGAUCCAGGCCAAGUGCAUGGAGCAGAUGCAGCGGUCAGGCUACCAGAAAACCAAGCACCUAAUCCUCCUCAAGCUGUUUGGCAGAAUCCAAGUUUUCCUUUGGUGGAUGGUCCUGUUCAACAUUGUUCGCCAGGUGUGCAAACCAUGCCAACACCUUUAAGAGAUGCCCAGCUAAUGCCAGCACCCUCUAGUGUGUUCCGGAGAUUGAACAGGUCCAAUAGUAGUGAUGAUUGCUCAACAUUAAAUAAACAGAAAGACAAGUUCAGUAUAAGAGCCAUGCCAGAUCCGCUCAAUACAUCAAGAUUUAGGGCAUUUUCCUCACUCAAGGGGAAUAAAUCUUACCAAGCCAAUGACAGUGAUCAUGAAUCAAACUCUUCCAAAAAUAGUGACAUGUUUCGCUCUUUUUCACACAGUGAUUUGCAACGACCUGUAUCUGUUCCUCCCAGAACAAUGGAAGAUAGUUUCACAACCCCUCUCAACAACAGCAAAGUAGAGAAAGUGGAAAUGGAAGCGAAUAAGAAGUUGAGUCCUAGAGCACAUCUUCCACCUUUCCACCAGCUGCGUUCUCCUUCAGCUCCACCCACUUUGCACCAGCAGCCUGAUUCAGAUGUGGAAGAUUUUGAUUUUCCACACAACAAUAGUGGUAUGGGGGGCCUGAUUGAACGAUUUGAGCAGGACCACGCUCUCAGAAUCUCUUCUCCAGCUGAUGUGACCAGACGCUAUUCAGAGGGUUACUCUCUAGCUAUAAAGAGAGACAAGGACAGAACACCAGAAGAUGGGGAUAAAUGGUUAAAGCCGAACACAAUACGUCAUCGGAGAGCCUCGCGACUUCAAGCACCCCUCAGUCAUUCACACGAGUCUCUCAUUGCCUUGGAACAUGAUCACCAAGGACACCGAAUCUCAGCUGCCGGCAGCGUCAACAACAUCAACUCACCCAACAGCGAUGACGAGGAAGAUCUCAAAGUGGAAGAAAUCGGUAGGGUCGCUGGAUGGGCCGUUAAUUUUGAGAAACUUCUCAAGGAUGGAUCUGGAUUGGUUAUUUUUACGGAAUUUCUGAAAAAAGAAUUCAGCCAGGAGAACAUUAUUUUCUGGAAGGCUGUAGAGCAGUACAAAAAGGUCGUGGAGGCCGACAAACGCAAAGCCAGAGCUAAGGAAAUCUUUACGAAGCAUGUGUCUGUUAAAGCCACGGACCCAAUUAAUAUUGAGCAGAAUGCUCGCCAGCAAGUAGAAAAACAGCUGGACAAUCCAAGCACUAGUACAUUUGAUCGACCACAACAAGAGAUCUUCAAGCUGAUGAAACAAGACAGUUACCCCAGGUUCAUUAAAUCUGAGAUGUACAAAGUCUACCUCAUGAGAGAAAUGGAGGGAAAGCCUCUCCAGCUACCAAAACCCGAGGGGGAGGAACAGACAGGAAAAGCAAAGAAAGACAAGAAAAAAUCCAAAGACAAGGACGCCGAGGAGAAAGACAAAGAGAAGAGACGACGAUCACUGCUCCCCUUACCCUGGGGUAAAAAAACUAGUAAACAGAAUCUCAAGGUGACAUCAGACACAGACCUCAAGAAACAGAACAAAGAGAAAGAGAAGAUGUCUGUGUCAUCGUCGUCGGUCACCAAGGAAGUGAACAACAACAUGAUGUCACAACGCAAGCCGGCGUCUGGACCCGGGAUUGACCUCAGCACCAUGAGGAAAGAGGUCCAAGCUAACACCAAAGAGGUCAAAGACAAAGAUGGUACAGAAGAAAAGAAUAUGAAAUUCUGUCGUGUGAUCCUUCCCGAUGGAUCCACCACUGUGGUGUGCACCAAGCCAGGCCAGAACAUCCGUACUGUGCUGGGACGCCUUUGUGAGAAAAGGAGUCUUUCCAUCGCAGCUGUUGAUGUCUUCCAGCUGGGUUCAGACAAGCCUCUGGAUUUGGGCGAGGACAUUUCCACACUGGGAUCAAAGGAGGUCAUGAUCGAAAGGCGUGUAUUAUUCCGCAUGGAUCUUCCCCACAGGAAGUCAAUCGGAGUUAAGGCCAAGCCCAACCGCACAGUCCGUGAUGUGUUCAAACCAAUUCUCAACAAAUAUGGCUUUAAGCUGGAUAAUAUAACUGUUCAGCUGUCGGGACAGACCGGAUAUGUUGACAUAGAUGAACAAGUCUCCACCAUUGAUAACCAACGUGUUGUGAUCUCAACCAUCGAAAACUCUGGAUCUCAAGCUAGUACUAGUGAUGGCUCCACAUCUAGUGUCUCGCCAAUGGCCGUAAAAUAUCCCCCCGAUUUCCACAUCGACCCCCAGAGCUGCUCGAUCUCUCUCGAUGCAAUCACCAAUCGUAUCUUUGAGGAUUUAUUGAAAGGCAAAUCCAAGAAGGCUCAUAAUUUUGACGAACUUGGAAUUUUAGAUUUGGAUUCGCGGGAGAAGGAAGCCUUGAAAGGAACAGCAGAAGAUCGUCCAUCUUUGGGUUUGUUUGGUCUGCUGAGAAAAGACUCAGCAUACGGAAAACAGGCGUCGGAGCUAGCAAAGACGAAGACCCGCCACAAAGUUACAUUUAACCUGCAGAAAAAUCAAACACGCAAGUCCUCCAGGGACCCAGAUGAGGAGAGAUUCCUUGAACUGUUAACUAAAGCACAGAGCAGUCGUAUGGAUGAUCAACGGGGACUAGGAACAUCAGCUUCAGAAAUUCCAGAGUUUUUACGGAACAAAGUGGAAUAUCCCUCUGGGAGGGAGAGUGCUCCUCCGAUUCUGAAACAUGAUAAAUCUCAUCGGAAGGGAAUAGUGGGAACUCCUGAAGACUAUGUGCAAAACGAAAAUGAAUAUUUUACGUCGUACACGCGCGGUCAAGUCUCUAUGAGACCCUCAUCUGUUCCAGCAGAUUCAUUUCAAGAUCAUUCAUCCUCACAAGGAGUUAUGGACUCUAAUGAUGACAGUUAUAUAGUUAAUCAGGAUCAGAGCUUUAGUGCUGAUGGUGUGCUACCGUCAUCGAGUGAAGCAGAGGUCUAUUUUCAGACCACGGAUCCCGACAGUGCUGACUUUGAUGAUCCGCGAUUGGCCGAGAAAGGCUUACGUGACCUCGGCUUUGAUUACAGUUAUAACAUGUAUCAGGCUAAGGCUUGGGGCUAUUCUCGCCAUCGACCCACCGGGCUCUCACCUACAAGACAAAAGAAACUGACCCCCAGUAAACAAUUAGUGACACCCACAGAGAGAUUCUCGUUAGACGAGGCUGCUCUUCUGGACAGUAGUCGAGAUACGGACAAAACGUUAGUAGGUUCACAAUUGGAGGAAAGACCAAACUCUUUACCCGCAGCCAUGGAUCGCAUCUCACCCAGAGCCUCCUACUCACCCGCUGUGUCUCCAUUUGGGGGAUACGCAAGGAAAUCUGUUGGUGAAAACACAGUUAAUCAUUCAACUCCAAAGGCAGAGUCCAUGACAUCCCGAUACUCUAAUCAUAAAUCGGCAUUCCAUGCCCCAGCUGUUCAUAUGGGUUCACCAAUCACAGGGAAUACGUCUUUUAGUGGAGAUAUGAAUGAGUCUCAAAAAGCCAUGAUUAUAGACUUGGGGAGCUCUGAUGAAAAUGUAACUUUUGUGUAGAGUCUUUAGAUUUGUAAGGUUUUAUUUCUAUUUCAGGUACUUUCUUUUUUUGAGUUAGUGCUAUCAGUUUUCAUUGUGCUAUCGCUUUUGAAGUACAUAGUAUUUUUUUUUACUGACUUUGUUUUAAACUGUACAGAAUAUCCUAAAGCAAAUCAUAGAUCUUCAAGUUUUUAAAGUCAUUCUUCAUUAGCUUAUUGCAUUUAAAAUGUGAUACAUGUAAUAAGAAAAAAACUAGCUUUAAAUUGGAAUAUUGAGGAUGAAUAUCGUGCAAAAGAUAAAAAUGUGUGAAUAUGUAAUAUACAAGUCAACUGCCACUCUGUGUGUAUAUGUAUUAUGGUGCUAAUUUGUGUAGUAAUUCUGUUUGUGUGUAAAUAGUUUUGGAACCUCAGAGUGUAAGUGGUGUGUAUAUUGUCUUUUUCAUGUAACAGCAAAUGAAAGAAAUAUUUCUAUAUUAAAUGACCCAAAAAUUAAUAAAAAAAAAACU